CAAACGCAAGUACGCAUCAAUAAUUCACCCGGGCCGCCCUUGCUCUGCACCGAGGCUCGGCAGGGCUGGGGCAGUUCAUUUCAUACUUACAAGGAUGACAGUUCUUCCAGCAGCUGAUGCACCAAUCCCCAUCUUUACCACCCUGAAUGAAGUAUAUGGCAGUCUUGCGACAGCAGCCAGACAUGCAGAACGCUGGGAUGACCUUGUCAGAGAGUUUGAGUCCAAGUUCGGGCAUAAACCUACCUAUGUCACCCGAGCCCCAGGCCGAGUCAACCUCAUUGGUGAACACAUAGAUUACGCCGACUUCGGCGUUUUUCCAGCCGCUAUAGAACAUGAUAUUCUCAUUGCUUGUGCUCCGCGGUCAGCGUCUACCGCUGCUGCGCAUCCUGAGGGCCAUGCGCCGGGCUCUGUCGUAGCUGAGAACCUUCACACUCGUUACGCACGCCAGGUCUUCUGGCCGACUCGCAGUCACACGCUUGGCGAUGAUGUUCCCCUUGACGCUGUGCGCGUCGCUCCCUGGCACUUGGAUAUCGAUAAAAGCGAGUUACGGUGGGAGAGUUAUGUCAAGGCAGGAUAUUAUGGUGUUCUAAAUCACUUCUUCUCUCCAUCGUCCAUAUCCCCCGUCCCUGUUCCUGUUGACAUUCUCGUCACUGGAAAUGUUCCCCCUGGCUCUGGUCUCUCAAGCAGUGCAGCCAUGGUCGUCUCCAGUACGCUGGCAUUUUUGGCGGCCAACGAUAUUUUUGACGGGGAAAAGGCCCCAACCAAGGGUGAGCUGGUAAAUAUGGCAGUGGAGAAUGAGAGACGAGUCGGAGUGAAUAGUGGAGGGAUGGACCAAUCAGCUUCCGUGAUCGCUCUUCCUGGCAGCGCGCUAUAUGUUUCUUUCGUGCCUUCCCUUCAUGCGGAACCAAUCGUACUUCCGCGCGAUGCCGUGUUAGUCUGUGCUAAUAGCCUAGUGGUCUCCAACAAAGCAGAAAACGCUAAACAUCAAUACAACCUCCGCGUUGUGGAGACUCUUGCAGCCGCCCGCCUUCUCUCUCAUCAUCUUAAUCUCCAAGUCGACUCCGCAGAUGGUGACAACACGAAGCGGCGUCUUGUGACCCUACGUGAAGUCCUUGGUCGGAAGAGCGGCUUCUAUCAAGAUGAGCAAGAUGCGCAGUCGGAAGAUCUUGUGCAGCUUCAGAAAGGGUUGGUGAACAUGUUGGGAAAUACUAUGGACUAUUUGUUGCCAAAUUUUGGUGAUAGAACAGAUAUUUCCUUAGAUGAGAUGAUUCAGAAGAGUGGGAUGAACGAGGCAGAAUUUAAGGAGUCGUAUUUUUCGGGGGUGGACGUGGAAACAACUAACUUUGAGCUGUAUCUACGUGCUCGACACGUUUUUGAAGAGGCGCUCAGAGUGCUACAGUUCAGGGAGGUCUGCUUAGUUGAAGGAGGCAACGAAGAAUCCAAACUCCAGACCCUCGGUAAACUUAUGAAUGACUCACACGACAGUUGUGACAGGCAAUUCGAAUGCUCCCAUCCGAAAGUGAACGAACUCGUCUGUGUUGCGCGGAGCUUCAAGGAAUUGGAGACAGGACGGGGAAAGGGGAGAAUAUAUGGGAGUCGUAUGACUGGCGCUGGCUGGGGUGGUUGCACCGUCUCUCUCAUACACCGAGACGAUGUUGAGGCGUUCAUCAUGCAUGUGAAGAAGAAAUAUGCGCCAUAUGAGAGUAUGAGCGAGGAGGACCUCGCAAGCUGUGUGUUUGCGACAGAGCCGGGGAUGGGCGCGUGUGUGUUCAAGUUGACGGAAUGACCAUCAGACUGGAAAGCCAGUCAGGAUGUCUACUUGACCAGAGUACACGAGGGCACCACUCGGGUGUUGGUGAGAGGUUUGGGAGAGGAUGCGACGCUGGACUGACUGUACUUACUAUUAGUUUUGUUGAAGCACAGGAACUUCAAGUGUAUUAUGCUAGCCUCUUCUUUGCAGAGUAAAAUGAGAUGACUUCGCUCGUGCGUUCAGAUAA